AUGAAUGAAGAGCCAUUGGGCGACAGCGCCGUGUCGUCGUCCUCGUCGUCGUCGGCCACGUCAAAGCAGCAGCUUCCGCCCGCCAUCGAGCGCGUCUACGUGAUUGCCAGCAGGCGCUUGCAAAAGACGCUCGACGACUUGACCCCACACCUGCACGUUCGUUGGAUUGGCACUGCGGCCGUCAUGUCCCUGUACUUUCUGCGCAUCUACUACAUUCAGGGCUUCCAUAUCAUCACAUACGCGCUCGGGAUUUACAUGCUCAAUCUCUUCAUUGCGUUUUUAACACCUCAAAUCGACCCCGCGUUGGCCAACCUCGACGGAGCCGAGGACGAUGGCCCCACUCUUCCCACCAGCAAGGAUGAAGAGUUCCGUCCAUUCAUUCGUCGCCUGCCCGAAUUCAAGUUCUGGUAUGCAGUCACGCGCGCCAUUCUCCUGGCCAUCCUGUGCACCUUCUUUGGCUUUAUGGACAUUCCAGUAUUCUGGCCCAUUCUCGUCUUGUACUUUAUCAUCCUGUUCGGCGUGACCAUGAAGCGACAGAUCCGACACAUGAUCAAGUAUCGUUACUUGCCAUUUUCGCACGGCAAGCGAACAUACAAGGGCAAGGACGAGCCUGCCAAGCAUUAA